GAUCACUAGUAAAGAAUUAAUAGAGUAGAGAGACAAGUUUGAAAACUAGAAGAUUUCAGGAAUUCGUUUUUUAAUGGGGAACAGUUCUGAGGCCAAAGUCAAUGAAUUUUUAGGGAAAACUGGAUUAAAAGGAUGGUCUCAAAGGGCAUAGUGAUAGGCAUUGAUGCCAGCAAAACCCAUUAAAAAAGUCUUAACAGCAGAACCCAAAAUGCUCAGAAAAGCCCUCUCAUGUGACUAUGCUUCCCCUAAAAAGUCGGUGGAAAAGAAUUUUUCAACCUUACAAAACGUAGUGAUCUAAUAAUAGGAAGUGGGUGGGUCAGUCAUGCUGACCCGGCCUUCUCUCAAAACUGCAAACUAGUCACUGAAGACCCUUUCAUUCUAACUACUCUCCUCUUCUCUCUUGAAAGAUUAGAUUUGGCCCUCUUUGCUCCGCCACAGAUUUACAGGUCCAAUUGAAAUUAGGCUUAUUGAUGAAAUGUUAGAAUAAUCUAUUGCAGCCCUAUUCAGCAAAAAUGUGUGUGCGCAUCGGUUGUUUCAACAAGAAUGCCAGAUGAUUAUAGUGACUUGGACACCAGAGAGGGUAUCAUUCGAAUUCCAGUGCUGCUAAUUCAUUAUUACAAGGAGCAGUCCGUUUGGGAUCAGCAUCUGUGUCAUUGUGGCAAGUGGCAAGGGUGUGGGCUCAUCUGGUAAUAGUGGAAAAGGGAAGAGCCGCCAAAGUGCCAACAAAAUUGUUCAUGGAUUCAGUCUAGUGAAAGGCAAGUCAAGUCACCCUAUGGAGGAUUAUCAUGCAGCUGAGUUCAAAAAAACAAAAGGCCAUGAGUUGGGAUUGUUUGCUAUUUUUGAUGGUCAUUUAGGCAGCGAUGUGGCUUCAUACUUGCAGAAGAAUUUGUUUCACAACAUUUUAAGUGAGGAAGAAUUUUGGUUUCACCCUACUAGGGCAAUUACUAAAGCUUAUGAGAAAACAGACAAGGCUAUUCUUAGAGAGACACCAGGCUUGGGUCAAGGGGGCUCCACUGCUGUUACAGCCAUCCUAAUAGAUGGUAGAAAACUCUUUGUGGCAAAUGUUGGCGACUCUAGAGCAGUUUUGUGUCGGAAUGGAAAAGCUUCUCAGCUCUCAAUCGAUCAUGAGCCAGGCACCAGUGCAGAGCGGGGCAGUAUUGAGAAUAAAGGAGGCUUUGUGUCAAAUAUGCCAGGAGAUGUUCCUAGAGUGGAUGGACAACUAGCUGUUUCUCGAGCAUUUGGAGACAAGAGCCUCAAAUCCCAUUUACGGUCAGACCCUGAUGUCAGAGAGAUUGACAUUGAUCAAGGAACUGAGUUUUUGAUUCUUGCCAGUGAUGGUUUGUGGAAGGUAAUGAAAAAUCAAGAGGCAGUUGAUUUUGUCAAGAAAAUCAGGGAUCCACAAGUUGCAGCAAAGCGUUUGACGAGUGAAGCGGUGAAUCGUGAAAGCAAGGAUGAUAUAUCUUGCAUUGUAGUUCGUUUCAAUCAACUCCAUUGAAGCAGGACUCGUAUGCAAGCAUUUUUAUAAUCGUCAAAUCCAGCAUACAAAUGUUCUGGUUUUACUCAGAAAUGCUCACUCUCUGUCUUAAAGGUUUUGAGGGUGCCCUUCUAUAGGACCCAUGAUAAUGCACAUCAAGCCUUUCUUAUUGAAUCAGUACAUAUAAAGAGCCGGUUCUUCAUUGUGAUCAACAGUUCACAUGUACUCAAAAUUUCUGUACAAAUUUGGUAUUGUGCAUUGUAACAGUAGCUUGAGAAAUUGAAGAAAUUAUUUGUAUUGUAGAAAUCAUGGGAAUCUAGACCAUAUGAUUCGCAAUCCCUGAAACGGUAGGCGAAUUGUUCACCUGUAAGAGAUGCAAAGUAAUUUGGAUUGCACAUAUUCAUCCGUCAAAUGGAGCUUCUAAUAGUGGAUUAUAUUUCUGGAUGCUCUCUCAACCAAGAUAGUGUUUGUAUACUUCAUUAACUGGUGAUACUUAGCUAUUUGAUGUGCCUCAAUUCAUCGUUGCUGCCAGUGUUGACCAAAUGUGGAGGUCAAAAUUUCACACGGUUACAUAUUGGUUUGAAACUCCACAGGAGUGAUCUUUUUUUGUCUAUCCUCUUAUUCAACUAUGAAAAGAAAAUGUUGUGGCUGAUAGUAUAGGUAGUUUGACAUCUUUGCUUAA